AUGCCUUCUUCGGCAGCAGCCGCGUUGGCUGACCUCUUUUCCAAAGCUCGCCUAUCGCUCAAUGUUCCGUCGUCCUCGCCAUCCUCCUCGAGGGCGGUCGCAUUCUUCGACGAGGUGCUCAAUGUCGAAGCCGUUUUGACACUGCCCUCUGAUCCGCUCCUGCCUGUAGCUUCGUCAUCGACGCAUCCAACUCUCCUCUCAUACCGUCUACCGCUUCCUGCACUGCCAGCAUCCACAUCGCUGGGUCAUGACGCGAUUCCACCUUACCUCGCCGCCCUUCUCGCCUGCCUUUACGUCAACCUCCUCACAGAUUACGUUCCUGGUCAAGCUCUGUCCUCGACACAUCUGCCCAAGUCUACAAAUCCGUACGAGCCGCUUUCCACUGUCCAGCUUCAGCAUCAGCACUUGCAGCUCUUACCAUCCCAUCAUCCUAAUGCCGAUCCUGCUCAAGCACAGCAUGCUGCCGUCCGUGCCUUUUCCAACGCUUGGGCCGGCAACCAACCACCAAAGCCGCAUCGCACGCUCAAGGAUGCAGCUGAUCCUCAGUCAUACAACCCGACAAAGUCCUCUCACGAUGCUCAUCUGACUCACGACGGGCAGCACUGGAGUGUCCGCUGGCGUUGUCGCGUUCCCAUCAACUACAUUGCAACUCCCUUCUCGCCGCUAUUGUCCGUCACAGCCGCACUCACGCUCCGCCUGGAUCCGACGUUGCUGGAGCAUUUGAUCCCUGCUUCGUCCCCGAGUGCUUUCCUCCGCUCUGGAUUUGCACACUCGCUGCUCGCCCCUCUGCAUGAGGGCCCCAUCUAUCCCGAUGAGUCUCCGCUCCAGAGUCAAGCUCGAGCAAAAGCAUCGUCUACUCUUGGUCUUGAUGGCCCCAGCGGCCUCGGCUCUUACCUCGCCCAUCUCUCAAAAGACGUGGUCGGUGGUAACAACACCGUCGUCACGCCUCGCUCGGGCGCACACGCUCUCGAUGCCAUUCAUAAGCGUAGGAGCCAAAUCCCAGCUGCCGACGCACCUCUCAACAAGUCGCUGUCCAAACCAGACAGCAAUGGCGAUCUCGCUGCCCUUUCUUCAGGUCCCAAGUCAAGCUCUGAUCUGACACGCACCCCGUCCUCACAAAGAACAGCUACACCUUCGCAGCUCGACUCAGAUAACCACUUGCAUGGGUUGCAGAUCUACAAACGCAGCACCAGGCUCCUCCUACCGCUCAAAACAGGGCUCAAUGUGCGCAUGCGUACGCUUAUCACCCAGCACGACCCCUACAUUCACCGCCGUCCAACACUGCCACAACCCAACGCUGAUCUGGACAGCACCAGACUGGUGCUCAGCGUAGAGCUCGAGAAUCCGUUCGAAUCCGAUUCGGCCUUCGUUGUCAACGACAUUCAGAUCAAGAUCGACGAUGCGCAAUCGGACCAACACAACUCGCAUUGCGUUAUUGCCAAGCCUUUACAGCCCAUGCCGUCGGUGUUGCCAAUACGGCUCACGCGCGGCAGCCAGCACAACAUGCUCUUUUACGUCUCUGUCGAAUCCGAUCAUGCUCUGCACCGCCAAUUCAGCUUGCUUGAUCAACGCGAGCUAAGCGCAAGAAACGUGACCAUCACCGUCUCCGGUCGACCUAUAGGCGAACAAGAAGAACACAUGGCUGACUUUGAUUCCCAGUGGAAUUGCGCGCUGGAUCUCACUCCCGUUCUGUCGGAUGCGGCAAAGAAGCUUGUUGUUGCCGGCGGUUCCGCGACUGGUCGGCUUGUUCAGUCAACAGCAGGGCCGGUUGCGGGCAAUGUGCAGUAUUCGGCAUCCUCUUUGCGAACAGCCGCUCAGCAUCAGGGUCGAUACAGCACCGGUCCGCUUGCGCCGCCGAGAAUCGAUCACGCAGACGACACACGCACGCCUAGACCCGGCCAGUUGGGAAUGGGUUUUCCCCCGCCCUUGCGAACCAGCUCCGUUCGACAAUUUUCCACUGCGACGGUCGCGUCUACCGUUCAACUUCAACCUGAUGCAACAAAGACCCCUUCACAGCCAGCAACGCCGACGAGCUUUUUAGACAAGGCCAAAGCUAGGGCCCUGAACCGUCAGUCCGCUUCGCAGCUCGACGCUGCAGAUCACCCUGCGGCGGUGAACAUCAAGCCUUGGUCGUCGAGUUCUAAUGCGAUGAUAGAGGUUGCCGCAGGAGGCUUGCUGGUGUUGUCGACACUCCGACGCGCUGGUGGUAUCAACGUGAACGGCGGCAGGGACAAAGCUGAGGGAGACGUAAAAAUGGAAUCAAGCCUAGGCGACGACGGAACCGUACGACCUUCUGACUCCAUCGGCACCAAAACGCUCCAUCCCACCUCGAUCCGACCUUCGAAUGUCGAAGAGAAAGCCGCAAGAUUCCAAGCAGGCGAUACCGUCAUCCUCGAUCUGACCAUCCUCUACAAGUCCAGCCCUUCCGCUGUCACUGAUCACGAAGAUGCAAUCACAGACAUCUCCUUGUCAUGGGCAUCCUCCGCUACGAAACUCAUCGACACCACCACCGUAAACAACAGAGACUCGAUCGGCGCAUCCUCCGAUCUCGCAAGGACCAGACUGAUCGACGCCGACUCGGCGCGGCUCAAGUCAUUUCUGCUCCUCUCGCAGGCUGAACUUCUCAACGGUCUCAUCCCCAUCCAAGAUCAUCUCGUCCUCAAUACACCCCUCUUGCCGCAACAGAGUAGAACCGUCGCUCUCAGCCUCAGAUGCUUGUCUCCUGGAUCUCACGCCAUUCCGCCUCUGCAGCUGAACUUCACCUCCGCUUCAGCAGGUCGCAGUUAUUGUGUCCUCGAUGGCUUGGGUCGUGUCUGUGUCACUCCGGCUGCUGUUUUGUAG